AUGGCCGCUGAAACUGUUGGGCUUUUCAACGUCAAUGUUGGGUCUGAACCACAUCCGCCAUCUGCCCGAGGCCAGACCGCCAUUCGCGUUGUUGCGACAACUUGGUUGCUCUUCACACUGUCACUGUGUCUCAACAAGGGAACUGUCAAAUUGGCUCGCCUCGUGACAAGCUCUUCACCAUGUGCGCCGGGUACUUCCAUGACAUGA